AUGUACCCGAUGACUAGCCAACAUGGAUAUGCUCUAGUCAGCCCUGCAGACCUCUCAGAAGAGAAGGACUCGUCGAAGAACGAAGAGGACAAAGACAUAAAGGAGAUUCUAGACUCUGAUGAUGAGGGAAUACUACAGGAUGUCGAGGAGAUUGAGGAUGAUGGCCCUAUCGAGGAGGGCCUUACUGAUGAGGAGCAUGCGCCUCCUAACCCACCAUCCUCACUGCCCAGACUGCACUACCACCAUAUCUCCUUAAUGGCAUGGGAACUACUCAAGGAUGAACCUGAGAAUGAUCUGAUACCACGCCUUAUGUCUCAAACCAAUCAACUAUCGGAUAGAGUCAGAUCCCUAGAGAGUUAUGUCAGAGAUUCAGGCUCUACUUCACUAGGGCGACGAGUUGAAAGACUCCAGGAAGAGAAGAAGGGUGAUGUUGAGGCUAUCCAGAACUUGUAUCAUCGCAUAGGUGUUGAGCACACCGAGACAGCGCCUCCACGAAAAAGUCCACGAGUCCAUCCACCACCAAAUCCCCAAGGCAACCGAAGGAGUGCUCUAGAAGUAACUCAAGCAUUGGUAGAAACUCUGAACCAUGGAGGAGCUCCAAGUGCAACAAAUGCAAACCCACCAUUUCAGAUGGAUCCUACUCUAACGCAGACCCUGUUUGUGCAAGAGAUUGCUAUAGCCCUAGCCACCUAUGAGGCUGCCAGAAAUGAUAACAUUGGGAACAAUAGAAAUGUAAGUAGAUCAAGAGGUCGUUUCGCCCCUUGUCCCCGAAUAUGGGUAAUAUAUUCUCUUACAAUGUUGCUCCAAUCUAACCUAGCUGGUGAGCGAUCCCAGUUUGCGACAGAGAACAAGACAGCAAGCGAGCAUACCUUUGUUCACCUCUUCUCCACCAAGCACAUAAAUUUAAGGAUAACUGUAGGAUGGUGGCUACCUAAGGAAACUUCGAUCAAUCCCCCAUCCCCCCCCCCCCGGCUGGGAGGCAUCCUCAUCCCGAUCACAAGGAGGGGUUCACUAUGA